CUGCGUGGAUCGUUGCCCCGCAGCACCUGCUUCCGGGAACACAUUGCCUGGACUCGCGCACUGCGGCUUAACCACCUUACGCUUCCGACUGGAGCCGGAGGCCCGUGUGUUUCUUUGUUGCUCCUGGCAACAGCCACUUCCGGGAGCGAGUGCCCUCUCCUCCCCGGUCCCGAUACCGCUGGAGCCGGAGCCGCGAGUUCCGUCUCCGCUGCCGUCUCCUAGCAGCGGUUAGUGCGUGCGCGGUGGCCGCUCGCCUGCGGUUUAAGGCCUCCCGGGCCUCCUCGCCGCCUCGGCGGGGUCUCCGCGGCCGCCAUGGUUCUUCUGCACGUGAAACGGGGCGACGAGAGCCAGUUCCUGCUCCAGGCGCCGGGGAGCACGGAGCUGGAGGAGCUCACGGUGCGGAUGGCCCGGGUCUACAACGCGCGGCUCAAGGUGCAGCGCGUCUGCUCAGAAAUGGAAGAAUUAGCAGAACAUGGCGUAUUUCUCCCUCCCAAUAUGCAAGGACUGACCGACGACCAGAUUGAAGAACUGAAGUUGAGGGACGAGUGGGGCGAGAAGUGUGUACCCAGCGGGGGCUCAGAAUUUAAAAAGGAUGAUAUUGGCCGAAGGAACGGGCAAGCUCCAAAUGAGAAAAUGAAGCAAGUUUUAAAGAAGACUGUAGAAGAGGCCAGAGCGAUAAUCUCGAAGAAACAGGUGGAAGCUGGAGUCUGCGUUACCAUGGAGAUGGUGAAAGACGCCUUGGACCAGCUUCGAGGGGCCGUGAUGAUUGUUUAUCCCAUGGGGCUGCCGCCCUACGAUCCCAUCCGGAUGGAGUUUGAGAAUAAGGAAGAUUUGUCUGGAACCCAGGCAGGACUGAGUGUCAUUGAAGAAUCAGAGGCGCAACUGUGGUGGGCAGCCAAGGAGCUGAGGAGAACAAAGACGCUUUCUGACUACGUGGGCAAGAAUGAAAAAACCAAAAUCAUCGUCAAGAUUCAGCAAAGGGGACAAGGCGCUCCAGCCCGGGAACCAGUGAUCAGCAGUGAGGAGCAGAAACAGCUGAUGCUGUACUAUCACAGAAGACAAGAGGAGCUCAAGAAAUUGGAAGAAAACGAUGAUGACUCCUGCUUAAAUUCUCCGUGGGCAGAUAACACCGCUUUGAAGAGACAUUUCCACGGAGUAAAAGACAUCAAGUGGAGGCCAAGAUGAAGUUCGCCGGCCACCGGUGCCGGUGCUGUCGGAAGUACUAGCUCGCCUUUCAGUACGCAAAUAAUACAGAUUUAAAAGAAUAAUAGUAAUAUAGGGGUGCCUGCAGCCUUCUGUGAAAGAUGUUGAAUUUCUAGUUUUCCUAGUUUUUCUUUCCGUUUGAAUGUUAAAAAGAAAAAUUAUUCAGGGUCUUAGAACUUAAUAAAUACAUCCUCAGAAGAA